AUGAUUCAAACGUCAGACUUUGCCAAGAUCGGUUUAACUUAUCCCAGUUUGAUAUCCUUGCCGGAACAGCCUAGGGCAGCUCGCACUCCCGUGAAAAUGGAGCAAAACACACUCAAAAGAAGAGGCGUCGGCUUAAUUGGCGUCGAUAAACAGAAAUCAUUCGGUGGUUACACGCUCUUCUGUCCGCUUACUAGUGACAUCGCCUACCUGAUCGACAUUGACGGAAACCAAGUUCAUUCUUGGAAGCUCCCCGGCAGAAUCGGCCGACAUGCUAGGAUUCUCCCUAAUGGGAAUCUUGCAGCCAAUACUCUUCGGCCGCCUUCUGACCGCACUACGAAUGAUAGAGGACCAUUUCCAUUUCCAUUCUUCAAUAAAUAUGGCGGCGGGGUUAUGAGUGAGCUCGACCCGGAUGGAAAGGUUGUGCGACAAUUCGAGGAUCCGCUGGGACACCACGACCAAUAUCAUUUUGGAGAUGGUAAGAUUUUAUAUACAGGGCUCGAGGCGUUGUCACCAGAGCAAUCGGCAAAAGUUAUUGGAGGUGUACCCGGUAGUGAGAUUGAUGGCAUCACCUACGCAGACACUAUCAACGAGGUAGACGAAAAGGGCAGCCUCAUUUGGCAGUGGAAAGUCUCGGAGCGAUUGCCUCGGGAAGAAUAUCCUCUACAAGCACAUUACACGCGCGAACACUAUCCACUCAUCAACUCCGUUCUCCCCAUGCGUGACGGCGAGCACAUUCUCGCCUCGAUGCGAUCCGUGUCAGCGGUAGUUAUUAUCGAAAAAGCUUCUGGGAAUAUUGUCUGGAAACUCGGACCCGAAGUACUUGCUCAACAACACAACGCCACCGAACUUGAUAACGGCAACAUUCUGAUAUUUGAUAAUGGUGCUUUCCGUAACGGCGAGUCAAUCACUUACAGCCGCGCAAUCGAAGUUGACCGUGCAACCAAGAAGAUUGUAUGGGAAUAUCGCGACCGUUCGCAGAUGUUAUAUUUCUUCACACUCUUCAUGGGUAGUGCGCAACGACUGGCCAAUGGUAAUACAUUGUUGUGUGAAAGUGCCUUUGGUCGGGUUUUUGAAGUCACGCGAGAGGGCUACAUCUGUUGGGAAUACGUUAAUCCGCAUUUUUCGACUUAUCUGGACGAGGUCACUGCAAAAAUAUUUCCGGGGGAGUCUAAUGCCAUCUUCAGGGCUUAUCGCUAUUCAUUGGAGGAAAUUCCUUGGCUGAGACAAAGGCUGUUGAAAUCCAAGUUAGCAUAG